CUGCCGCCGGCGGGAGGUUUGAAAUGGCCGCCGGGGCGCCGAGGCCGCUCCGCCCGCCCGCCCGCGGCUGAGGGCGGAGAUGGCCACCAAGCGCCUGGCCAGGCAGCUGGGGCUGGCGCGGAGCAGCGGGCGGGCGCGGAGCAGCGGGCGGGCGGCGGCGGCGGCGGCGGGACAGCGCUUCGGGUACCUCCUCGUCGUCGACUUCGAGGCCACAUGCUGGCGGGACGCGGGGCGGCGGAGGCCCGAGAUCAUUGAAUUUCCAGCAGUCCUGUUAAACACUUCAACAGGAGAGAUUGAAUCUGAAUUCCACGCCUAUGUCCAGCCCCAGGAGCAUCCUAUUCUCUCUGAAUUUUGUACAGAACUAACUGGCAUAACGCAGAAUCAGGUUGACGAAGGGGUCCCUCUAAACAUUUGUUUGUCACAGUUUUUGAAAUGGAUUCAAAAGAUACAAAAGGAGAAGAAAAUUAUAUUCAGUACUGAUCUUCUAAGUAAUUCUACUUCAGAAGCAAAAGCAUGUACCUUUGUUACUUGGACAGAUUGGGACCUGGGUGUGUGUUUACAGUAUGAGUGUAAAAGGAAGCAGCUGCGAAAACCUGACAUUUUUAAUUCCUGGAUUGAUCUCAAAGCAACAUACAGGGCCUUCUAUAAUAGGAAUCCUAAAGGGCUAAAUGGCGCUUUGCAGGAUUUGGGGAUAGCUUUUGCAGGACGGGAACAUUCUGGGUUGGAUGAUUCUCGGAAUACUGCCCGUCUUGCUUGGAGGCUGAUUUGUGAUGGAUGUGUGCUGAAGGUUACUAAAUCCUUGGAUAAGGUACAUCCAAAGAAUAAUUUAAUUUCCAGAACACUGACUAUAAACUUCACUGACAAGACUCCACUGGGAAGUAACAGCAGACCUGAAACAUCUAGAGAUGGAACUUGUGAAACAAACUCUCUGGCUGAGAAAAACCAGAACAGUAUUGCUGGAAUUAAGAUAAAUUCUAAUGUACAAACUGAAGAACAACAGACCGCUUGCACUGAUUUCUCUGCAGCUGUCCACAUUGUACCGAGCUGCAGCUCAAGGACUGAGUUACACACUCAAGCACAAAACUCUUCAACAGCAUCUACUGACAGAUUUCCUGUUUCUCUUGAGCAGGCACAGCAAUCUCCCAGUACAGUAUCAACAGACAUUCAGCAACGAUUGAGCAAUGGGCAACCUCUGCGUACAGCCAGACACAGCCCUCCAGUACAUGGAUCAGGACUAGUGCUCGUCUCCACUACCAUCUCCUCAGUUAAUGUCUCCAGUGAGGAUGUAAGUACUAGUUCUGAUUGCUUAUCUCUGCUGACUGACUGGGAAGAUGUCGCUUUAAUACCAGAAUCUCAAUAUGGACAAAAUUCAGACUGUGUUCAAUUCAAAGAUGACUCAAGUACAGAUAUUUUAACAGUGUUUGAAGAGAAAACAAUUUCAAAACAAUUGGCUGUGAUGAGUUCAGAUAAUCAAAGUUUGCAGAAAACUGUAGUACCUGUGGAACCUCUGAAAUCUAUUGUUUACAAAAGUCCUGAUACUACUAUCUAUAAUGUAGGAACAGUACAAAGGCAGACUUCCCAUUCUUCAGCUUUUAAGUUGCCAUCUGCAAAGGUAAAUGCUAUUUCAGCACAAUCAGCAUUAACUGGAAAUUAUUCUACUCCUUUGGAGGUUCCUAAAAGAAAGCCAACUAGUCCAAAAGCAUUCCCACCAGCAAAAAAAAAGUCUUUUGCUAUAUAUCAAGAGAAAACUGCAUCUUUUGAUCAUUCCUUACCUUUAAGAAGUUCAAAUUUGCCUGAAGUGUCUCCUGCCAUUCUGAACUCCACAGUCAAUUUGAAUCAGUCUGUAAGAGCUGUGAAAAAUGGAAAACCAACUCCCCCUCUGUGUAACUGCGGUCGAAGAGCUAAAAAACUGUAUGUGUCAAAUGCUGGUCCAAAUCAUGGCAAAGCAUUUUUUUGUUGUCCUGUUAGCAAGCGUGAAGGUAAUAAGAAUGGCUGUGGAUACUUCAAGUGGGAAUAUGUGCUUCUAAAAGAGAAAUCUAAUGGUCUCACCGUGAAUGCAGAUGCUUUGACCUCUCUUGGAACUUAUGCUAGUAAUUUAGGAAAUUCUUCCAACAAAAAAUAUUUGUGUCUUAGACCCUCUAUGAGAACUUGAAAAUUGACAAUUUUUUUUUUGUCCAAAUCUUAAACUCAGUUGGUCAUGCUUCAUACAAUCAGGACAGUCCAAUGAUGUCAGAUAUAUGUUCUGAGAAUGGGACAAAGAUGACAUUGCUUUGUUAACAUAGAUAAAAAUGGAAAUUACUCAAGCAUACAAAAAUAUCAAUGUAUCAUAAAGUAUCUUGUUAAUGAAGUGUGAGAGAACAGAUAAAACUAAGUGCUACAAUUAUGAGCAACUGUUGCUACACAUCUUAAAUUUCUGCUUUAUCAUGUAUUUUAAAUUCUUUACCAGUCUAGUCCUUAAAGAACACUUUAAUGAAACAUUUUAUUUACACUAUUUUUUCUAAACAUACU